AUCUGCCUUCUUGCUCACCCACAUUGAGCUAAUCUGCAUAUUGACCACUUUUCGCCCAGAUCGUAACACUUCACUAGACCGCCGCCAACACAAGAGCCAUAGCCAGUCGUGCGCUGGAAGAAGAGCUGGAAUUGUUUUUCCUUGCCGAGGAAAUUUCCCAGGAUGCUGUAUUCUUUCACGUUUUUGAGAAUGGAAGAAGAGCUAGAACCGUAUAGCCGUAACACUUAACUAAAUUGCCUCCUUGCUGAGGAUGCUGUAAAAAUAAUUCCACGGUUUUGAGAAUGGAAGAACAGGCCCAAGGCAGAUGUUGGCAUGGUGAUCCUCGAAGCAAAGGCGUCUAUCAAAAACCUCCAUCUAAUUGGCUACAAGGCAAGUUGCGUACAGAGCAACUUUCUUUGAUUUAACCCCUUUUUUGCUGUAUUGAUUCACUUUUUUAAUUUUCCGAUUUUUAUUGUAUUUAUUUUUUUCAAAACGGAGGCAAAAGAUUUGCCUCAUCUAUUUUUAUUGUAUUUAUCACUAGCUUAAAAACACACACUAGGAAACUCUCCUGCUGCUUUCGGGUCAUUAUCGCCGCGGAAAAAUUAUUUGCCCGUGGAAGAAGGAUAGCUAACCUAUGAGGCUAUGAUUGCUUGCCAGGUGCCGACUGCUCCAUGCUUGUGGCCGCAAAUUCGCCAAGCUAGUCAAGGUCCCACGCCACAUAAGAGGCUAUACUCCAGCGAGCAAACGUAAGCCUGUAAGUAAAACACUCAGACGAUGAUAAUACUCACUUCAGACAAAGCAUGACAGUGCCAACUUCUGAAAUCUGGGCCAAACACUCUCGAGUCUAUCGCUGGUGAGAAUAUCUUUAUAUAGGUGACUGAGAUGCAAUGGCAGCAUGCAGCUACCAUCAACAUUGCCCACAGCUCCUCACGCAGCCAACAUACAUUACACAGAUGCGAGCAUCGAGUGACAUGGCCCGUUCAUGCAUUCCGGUCAUGCUCAUGGCCACCAGCUUGCUGCUAAUGCCGUUCGUGGCUGUUUCAUCUCCUGCUCCGAGCAACAACACCGACCUUGCCGCGCUGCUGGCUUUCAAAUCCCAGUUGUCCGGCCAAAAUUUGGCCGAUAACUGGACAACUGAUGUGUCCUUCUGCACCUGGACCGGUGUGUCGUGCAGCCGGCGCCACCACCAGCGUGUCACCGCUUUGGAGCUGCCGGACAUUCCCCUCCAAGGAGAGCUCAGCCCUCACCUCGGUAACCUCUCUUUCCUCCACACCCUCAACCUAACCAACACAAACCUCACCGGUUCCAUCCCAGCUGACCUUGGAAGAUUAGCUCGUCUUAGGUAUCUUGGUCUUGGCCACAAUAGCCUAUCGGAUACAAUCCCAUCUACCAUUGGAAACCUCACCAGGCUCCAGUAUCUGGUCCUAAGUUUCAACCAGCUCUCUGGGCAGAUCCCCACUGAGGUGCGAAACAUGCGUAGCCUUACGUUCCUCUCUCUCCAAAGAAAUUCCAUUACCGGCCUCACGCCAAAUUUUUCAUUUGAUAGCACACCUUCACUGAGCCACAUCGAUAUUCGGAACAAUAGUCUGUCCGGCCCAAUACCAUCUGGUAUUGGCUCCUUGCUCCUGCUCCAGGUUCUUCGCUUGAACUGGAACCUGCUCUCCGGUCCAGUACCUCCUACCAUCUUCAACAUGUCUAGGAUUGUUGACUUGCGUCUGGGGCACAACAAUCUAACAGGUCAUAUACCUAGCAAUAGAAGCUUUAGUCUCCCCAUGUUGCUAAUACUUAAUCUUUAUGAGAACAAAUUCGAGGGUCAAAUUCCAUUGGGCCUUGCAUCAUGCCAGCACCUUAGGGAACUUAUCAUUCCUGGAAAUCUAUUCGUGGAUGUGGUGCCGACAUGGCUGGCUUCGCUACCACGGCUUACUGCAAUUUCUAUGGGUGGCAAUGCCCUAGUUGGCCCGAUCCCACCUGUGCUUGGAAAUCUCACCAUGCUCAGCGCACUUGACAUCGCAGACUCCAACUUAAGCGGAGAUAUUCCUGUGGAAUUGGGAGAACUGAGACAACUCACUUGGCUGCACCUUGCAAACAAUCAGCUAACAGGUCCCUUCCCAAAAUUUCUAGGAAAUUCGACAAAAAUGUCUUCCUUAGAUUUGAGUGUCAAUCAACUGACUGGACCAGUACCGUUAACACUUGGAAAUAACAGGCCUCUUAUCGUUCUCUAUAUUCAAGAGAAUCAUCUCCAAGGGGAUCUUAGUUUCUUGGCCAGCCUUUGCAAUUGUCAACAACUUCAAGUCCUUGUCAUAUCGAAUAAUUCUUUCACUGGGAGUAUCCCUAGCUAUUUUGGUAACCUCUCGACUAACCUGGUAAUAUUUGGAGCAGAUAACAACCGUUUGGUUGGUGGGCUUCCAACAACACUAUCAAAUCUUACCGGUCUUCGUGUGAUAAGCUUUUCCAACAACUAUCUUACCAAAGAAAUACCAGAAUCCAUUCUUAAGUUGGAGAAUCUCCAGGCACUUGUUCUCUCUGGAAAUAGAAUGGCUGGCCAAAUCCCUGUACAAAUUGGUAUGCUGGGAAGUAUCGUACAGUUAAUACUCAGGGACAAUAUGUUAUCUGGCUCCAUACCAGAUGCCAUGGGAAACCUCACCAUGUUAGCUGAGGUUUUAUUAUCUUAUAAUCAUUUAUCUUCGACCAUACCAUCAAGCUUGUUUUAUCACAGGAACCUUAUGAAACUAGAUAUGUCAUAUAACUCCCUAACUGGUACAUUACCUUCUGAUCUUAGCCAUAUGCAAAAUAUGGACUGGAUAGAUCUUUCUAGUAACCUCUUGUCUGGUAGCCUUCCAGGUUCAUUUGGACAGGUUGCCAUAUUAUUAACCUACCUAAAUCUUUCGCACAACUCAUUUAAGGGUUUAGUUCCAAACUCUUUCAGCCAAUUAACCAACUUAGAAACACUGGACCUAUCCUCAAAUAAUCUUUCAGGUACGAUACCAGACUACCUUGUUAACUUCACUUACCUUUCUUCUUUGAACCUCUCCUUCAAUAGGUUAGAAGGGCAAAUACCAAAUGGAGGUGUUUUUUCGAACCUCACCUUACAAUCUUUGAUGGGGAAUGUUGGGCUAUGUGGCGCUCCUCGUCUCGGACUGUCACCGUGCCUGCACAAGUCUAACUUGACUUAUAGUCGACACAUCCACAAGUUUAUACUCCUGGUUGUCAUCAUUGGAGUUGGUGCAUUUGCAGCCACCAUUUACCUAAUGAUCAGAAAGAAAAAUAAGAAACAUUCUUAUGGUACGACUUCUACUAGCAUGACUGAUCUGAUCAGCCAUAGGUUAGUAUCCUACCAUGAGAUUGUUCGUGCCACUGAAAAUUUCAAUGAGGACAACCUACUUGGUAUUGGAAGUUUUGGCAAAGUUUUCAAGGGCCAACUAGAUGAUGGUUUUGUGGUUGCAAUAAAAGUGCUCAAUAUGCAAGUCGAGCAGGCCGUGAGGAGUUUUGAUGCUGAAUGUCAAGUGUUGCGCAUGGCUCGACAUCGCAACUUGAUACAAAUAUUGAAUGCGUGUUCCAGCCUGGAUUUCAAGGCACUGCUUCUUCAGUACAUGCCCAAUGGUAGCAUGGAGACACACUUGCACAACGAAAAUAGGGAACCACUAAGAUUCAUGCAGAGAUUGGACAUUAUGCUUGGCGUGUCAGAGGCAAUGGAGUACCUGCACCAUCAUCAUUUCCAAGUUGUCCUGCACUGCGACCUGAAGCCUAGCAAUGUGUUGUUCGAUGACGACAUGACGGCGCAUGUUGCCGACUUUGGCAUUGCAAAGUUACUUCUACGUGAUGACAACUCCAUGGUUUCAGCAAGUAUGCCGGGGACAAUUGGGUACAUGGCCCCUGAGCUAGCAUUCAUGGGAAAGGCAUCACGAAAGACUGACAUGUUCAGCUUCGGGAUCAUGUUGCUUGAAGUCUUCACAGGGAAGAGGCCCACGGACGCUAUGUUCGUCGGGGAAUCUAGCCUCAGAUGGUGGGUUUCGCAAGCAUUUCCAGCAAAGCUCGUUGAUGUUUUGGAUGAGAAGCUACAACAGGGUGAAGAAAUGAACCUUGCAUUCCAUCACCAAACAAUUAAUACUUCUUCGUCGACAUCCUCCAUUGCCUGCAAUGGAAACUUUCUUGUGUCGAUAUUCGAACUGGGUCUAGAGUGUUCGGACGACUCUCCUAGUCGGAGGGCAAGCAUGAGCGACGUGGUCGUGAGGCUCAAAAACAUUAAGAAGGAUUACUUUGCUUUCAUGGUGGCAACUCAAAGCGCGCAACAACAUUCAUGAGAUACUGUUUUAGUGCAUCUAUGUAGUGCAUAAUUUUCAGUUUUCCACUAACAAUAUUUAUAUGGUAGUUAUUUUAGGAAAAUAACAAUACACCGGUGGAAAGAGGAUUUUCUGCAACUGGUUGCCGGUGCAAGUAAUAUUCUCUCUCCUCUUCAUUUUUUUUCUGAUUCUCAAAAAAUGUGAAAUGAUUCAGGAAUGUUAGUAAUGCUAUGUAAUGCUUACUUGUAAAGAUUCGUCCAAUAAUGUAAUGAUUUGUGAUUUAGAUAAAAAUGACAAGAUAUAAAUGAAUAGUGUGUUUGUAUCUUGAGUUUGAUUGGAUAAUUCUUGAAAGUUGACAUGCCUUAUGUAUUUGUGUUGGCUUGUGCUCUGCUAUAUAAUGGGGCAGUGAGCACACGCAUAUUCAGUUAUUCACUGAUUACUUGCGCACAUAGGUACACACGAGUAAAAAUUGUUAGCACCAAUCAGGAACCGUAUAGAUGCUUACUGACACUGCCUGUUGUGAUUUACUUCCUGCACGACAAGAGAGUUCUUCAUUCAUGGGUGGCUGACAGGGCAUCUUCAGUUUAAGCUGCCGUUGUCGUUACUAUGUGGCUUGAAUCUGAAUUUGCACUAAAACUGGUAGUGAAGUUCUUAUUUUCGUCUGGUUUAGAUCCCUAGACCUUUGUGUCACAUGUGGAGCGUCAACAAAAGUCCGUGCGUUGUCUAUGAUGUUGCACAAAUGUUAUUUCUGCAGUAAGAAGGUUCCAGAGGGAAUAGCUUCAAAGUUAUUUCUGCAGAAGCUUUUUUCCUUUCAGUAAACAGGAAUGCAAAUGCUCCAUUUGCGGCUUCAGAAGGUGGUGGUGUCUUCAUAAGAAGAUCAUCUGAUCCCCCAUUCGGAACUUCCUUCGGAAUUUUGAAGUCUUUCGGGAUGAUGUUUAUGCUUCACACCUUUUCUCCCCUCUUUUGCUUGAGAUUGUCGCAUGUUUUGGCUGUUGCUGAUAACCUAACAUUAUAUAUGAGUUGAUCCCCA